CACAGUUCUUUGUAUUUGUUUGUAAGUGUAUUCAAAUACUCUUUGAGAACUGUGCUCUCAAUCUCUGGGCAUUUAUUUGUAAUAUACUUACAUGCUAUGUAUAUCUCAUUUGUUUGCUACUUUUCCACCAAGCACUGUUUUUACAUCUCUCUAUGUUGUCACGUGUUACAACUAAUCCUUGUUUUUAACAUAUUUCCACUGUACUCAACUGUCCCCAGUAAUUAAGAUGUUUCCACCAAAUAAUAAUGAUACCUGAUAUUUGCAUAAUCCCUUCCAGCUUCAAAAUGCUGCCACGGGCUUGGUCCACGUUCAGUCUUGGCUUAUUUCCAUGGUCUCCUAACUAAUCCCUUGAUUCCACUUUGGAUCCUCUGCAGGCUACACUCAGCAGCCCUUCUUAUUCCAAGUUAAAGGCCAAGUCCUUAAAAUGGUCUACAUGUUCAGGAUUUGACCUUCCAUUAAUUUAGAAGGGAGAAAGGGCAAAAAGAAAAAACAGUAAAAGAGAAAGAGGGGGCUUUGCAGAUGCCGCCGCCACCUGGGGCCCUCUAGUACCAGCCAUGGUCAACCCCACCGUGUUCUUCGACAUUGCUGUCAAGGGCGAGCUCUUGGGCUGCGUCUCCUUCGAGCUGUUUGCAGACAAGUGUCCAAAGACAGCAGGAAGCUUUCAUGCUCUGAGUACUGGAGAGAAAGGACUUGGUUGUAAGGGUUCCUGCUUUCACAGAAUUAUUCCAGGGUGUAUGUGUCAGGGUGGUGACUUCACACACCAUAAUGGCACUGGUGGCGAGUCCAUGUACGGGGAGAAAUGUGAUGACGAGAACUUCAUCCUAAAGCAUACAGGUCCUGGCAUCUUGUCCAUGGCAAACGCUGGACCCAACACAAACGGUUCCCAGUUUUUCAUGUGCACUGCCAAGACCGAGUGGCUGGAUGGCAAGCAUGUGGCCUUUGGCAAGGUGAAAGAAGGCAUGAAUACUGUGGAGGUCAUGGAGCGCUUUGGGUCCAGGAAUGGCAAAACUGGCAGGAAGGUCACCAUUGCUGACUGUGGACAACUCAACUAGUUUUUUAUCUUAACCACCAGACCAUUCGUUCUGCAGCUCAGGAGAGCGCCCUCCACCCCACUUGCUCGCAGUAACCUACAAUCUUUGUGUGCCCGCUGCAGUUCCCUUUGGGUUCCAUGUUUUCCUUGUUCCCUGCCAUGCCUAGCUGGACUGCAGAGUUAAGUUUAUGAUUAUGAAAUAAAAAUUAAAUAACAAAAAGAAAAAGAAAAGAAAGCGGGAAGACAAACUCCAGAA